GCAAUUGUCGCAGCGGCGAAAGAAACACAAUGCGACGACAUGCCGUUUCUGCGUUUCGCUAAGUGAAUUGCUUCGCUUUUUCGCUUUCUUUCUUUCUUUUUUCCACUAGUAUAAAACGCGGAGCUCAGACUCUGUUGUGACUUGAAUUGGGUCGUGGAUCCGACCCGGAUCCAUGGGGUGCGUGAGUUCGAAGCAAGCGGUGUCGGUGACGCCAGCGAUUGACCACUCGGGCGCGUUUCGGAGCAAUGCGGGCGCAAGUGAGUCUGAUAGGAAGGAUAAGAAGAAUAAGAAGAGGAGUGAGUCGGGUGGAGCAAGCCAGAGGGAGGUAGGUGAGUCGGGGAGAACGAGUUCGAAUUGUGACUCCUUGAGCUUCAGGUUGGGGAACCUUCACAAGUACGUGCAAGGAGAACACGUGGCAGCCGGAUGGCCGGCAUGGCUCAGCGCCGUCGCCGGCGAAGCCAUUCACGGCUGGGUUCCUCUGCGCGCCGAUGCCUUUGAAAAACUGGAGAAGAUAGGGCAGGGGACGUAUAGCAGUGUGUUUCGGGCGAGGGAGCUUGAGACCGGGAAGAUAGUGGCAUUGAAGAAGGUGCGGUUCGAUAAUUUCGAACCGGAGAGCGUGCGGUUCAUGGCGCGUGAGAUCAUGAUUCUGAGACGGCUUGAUCAUCCCAAUAUCAUAAAGCUUGAGGGCUUGAUUACUUCGAGAUUGUCGUGUAGCAUAUACCUCGUGUUUGAGUACAUGGAGCAUGAUAUUACAGGGCUCUUAUCUUCCCCUGAUAUCAAGUUUAGUGAAGCACAGAUUAAGUGCUACAUGAAGCAGUUGUUGUCUGGGCUUGAGCAUUGUCACUUGAGGGGAGUGAUGCAUAGGGACAUUAAAGGGUCGAAUCUUUUGGUGAAUAAUGAAGGGGUUUUGAAGGUGGCGGAUUUUGGAUUGGCCAAUUUUGUGAGUUCUGGGCACAGGCAACCCCUUACUAGUCGAGUUGUCACCUUGUGGUACCGGCCGCCGGAGCUUUUGCUCGGUUCGACGGAUUAUGGACCGGCUGUGGAUCUCUGGAGUGUUGGCUGCGUGUUUGCGGAGCUGCUUGUUGGGAAGCCUGUACUUCAGGGGAGAACGGAGGUUGAACAAUUGCACAAAAUUUUCAAGCUUUGUGGCUCCCCACCUGAUGAAUACUGGAAAAAGACUAGACUUCCUCAUGCAACUUUGUUUAAGCCACAGCAACCAUACGAUAGUUGCCUUAGACAGUCCUUUAAAGAAUUGCCUGCGACAAGUGUAAAUCUGCUACAGGCUCUUCUUUCUGUUGAACCAUUCAAACGUGGGACUGCCACAUCUGCUCUCUCAUCAGAGUAUUUCAAAACCAAACCUUAUGCAUGUGAUCCAUCAAGCUUGCCGAAAUACCCACCUAGCAAGGAAAUCGAUGCAAAACACAAGGAGGAGUCAAGGAAAAAGAUCAGUGGACGAGUUCGUGGAACUGAAACCAGAAAACCGUCAAGAAAGCCACUAGGAUUCAGUAAACUUGCCCCGGCAGAGGAUUUGGCACAAACUCAGACUUCCCAAAAGGUCAAUGGUAGAUCUUUCCGCAUCCUUGAAGAAGAGAAGACUAACAUAGGUGACAAGGCACAAAAGCCAUCCGGUGUUAAACCUGAAGAUGCUUCUCAUGUUAAGAAUGCAUCUCAAGGAGAUAUUCCCUUUUCCGGACCAUUACAAGUUUCAACAUCAAGUGGCUUUGCUUGGGCAAAAGGCCGUAAAGAUGACAUUUCAUUUCGAUCCCAUUGUCGUACUAUAUCAAGAGGGCAUAUUUUCAAUCCAUUAGAACAUUCUACAUUAAAUUCAAGAAAUAAUUUGGACACCACAAACCAGGAAAAUAAGGAGUUUUUUGGAGGGCGCACCUAUACCCGGGCCAAUGACCUAAAUGAAAUUUCUAAGCUUUCAAUGCAGAACCAGUGGAGUAAGUUUGAUCGGCCAGACUCAUUUGAUGCUUCUGAUGAGUACCACUCGCAAGAAUUGUCUAUGGCCCUUUAUCAAAGAGAAGAUUCAGCAUCCAAGAGAAGUAACAUGUGUUUCCAAGAUCAAGGAGAGAAGGUUGAAUUUUCUGGACCCCUACUAUCACAAAUGCACACAGUUGACGAGCUUUUAGAAAGGCACGAGCGUCACAUCCGGCGAACUGUCCGUAGAUCAUGGUUUCAAAGAGGUAAGAAGCACGGGAAGUAAAUCAAGUAAUUGCCAAGGAAUAUUCACAAUGUAGGGCAUAGACCAUGAGCAUCGUAUCAAAAUGAUACACGAAAUUCUGCUGAGAAGGCCAUCUCCAUUGUCCAAGCGCAAUGCUAAGAGCAGCAAAUUAACAUCAGACAUACAAUGACACAGUCUAGCAACAUGAUCUGUUACCUAGAAGAUGGGAAACUCCACAAUUUGAGGAAUGUAGCACUUUCAGCUUUCAAUUUACAGAAGACGGCCACUGCAAGGAAAAGAAUUAAGGUUUCUGAAUUCCCUGUUUUGGUCAAUUAUAGAAAAGAAUUUGUUUCUGUAUGAUCUAAAUUUCUCCCUCUUGCUAUCGUAAUUGUUAUCUACAUGCAAGUCUCG